CCACCCUUUUGUUUCAGUUGUCUACUUGCGGAAAUGGCGGGCUCGACGUCGACGGGGAAACCGCCUCUGCCGGGCUUGACUUCGCCGGCAACAGCGGCAAUGCCGGGCUUGACCUCCGCGGCGAGAUCGCCACUGGCCGGCUUGACGUCGCCGGCAACAGCGGGUUUGACCUCAACAGCGAGACUGCCACUGGCGGGCUUGACGUCGCUGGCAAAAUCGGCAAUGGCAGGCUUGACCUCCACGACGGCAGCGCCAGCAGCGACGUUGACGUCCGCGCCAGCACCGACGUUGACGUCCGCGCCAGCACCGACGUUGACGUCCGCGCCAGCCGCGACAACGGCGGUGGCGGUGCCACCGAAGCUGCAACUAAUAAGGAGCGAUCGCGGCGCCCACCUUUUCUCGUCCUCCGACGACAAGGCGGUGAUGAAGCAGAUCAUCGCCACUCACUCCCCGGACGGGAGGGAGAUCGAUACGCGGUCGCUCUUGCGCCUGGUCGAGGACAUUCUACAGAGAGCCACUCCGACCGUCGUUGUGACGCCUCAAACGCACCUGGAGCUACUGGACGACGGAGUGCACCACAUUGACGUCGUCGGAAUGCUGGAAGCGAUAGCGUAUACCAUUCACAGGAUUUCUUGCGAGAUAACCUGCAAGUGCUCCGGCGGCGGGGACGCCCACGCGACGACGAUGGUGCUGUUCAACUCUCUGAGCUCCUACACUUGGGACGCGAAGGUGGUAAUUUCGAUGGCAGCGUUCGCUGUCAGCUACGGCGAGUUCUGGCUCACCGCCCAGCUCCACACGGUCAACCCUCUGGCGAAGUCGGUGGCGUUGCUCAAGCAGCUUCCGGACAUCCUGGAGAACACCGACGCGCUCAGGCCGCGGUUCGACGCCCUCAACAACCUCAUCAAGGCCAUGCUCGACGUGACCAAGUGCAUCAUACAGUUCAAGGACCUCCCCUCAGACUACAUCUCGCCGGAGAUCCCCGACAUGGCCAUGGCCCUCACUCAUAUUCCCACCGCCGUCUACUGGAUUAUUAGAAGCGUCGUCGCCUGCGCUUCUCAGAUGAUCUCCCUUAUCGGAUUGGGCCACGAGUACAUUACUGCGACGACAGAGGCGUGGGAGCUCUCAAGUUUAGCCCACAAACUUAGAAAUAUCCAUGAGCACUUCAUGAAGCAGCUUGAAUUACUAUAUCGAUAUAUUGGGGAGAAGAAACACGUGGAGGCGUUCCAAAAUCUGGUGCGGCUCUUCGAGACGGUGCACAUCGACAACAUGAAGAUCCUCAAGGCCUUGAUCUCGUCCAAGGACGAGCUGCCGCUGUUUGACGGGGCGACGAAGAAGCGGGUGAGCGUGGAAGUGCUGCGGCGGAAGAUCGUGAUUCUGUUCAUCUCCGAUCUCGACAUCUCGGCCGAGGAGCUCUUCGUGCUCAUUCAGAUCUACAGCGACACGCAGCAGGGGAAGAACGAGCGCAGCUACGAGGUGGUUUGGUUGCCGGUGACCGACCGACACUUCCCGUGGGACAGCUCGAAGGAGGAGACCUUCAACCGGAUGGCGUCGACCAUGCCGUGGUACUCGCUCCACCACCCGUCGCUGCUGGAGCCGGCGGUGCUGAGGUACUUAAGGGAGAUAUGGCACUUCGACAAGAGGCCGCUGAUGGUGGUGCUGGACCCGCAGGGGAAGGUGGUUUGCCCCAACGCGCUGCACAUGAUGUGGAUCUGGGGCAGCCUGGCCUUCCCCUUCACCAGCAACAGGGAGGAGGCGCUGUGGAAGAACGAGACGUGGCGCCUCGAGUUCUUGGUCGACGAAAUCGACCCUGUUCUGCUAGGAUGGAUUCAAGAGGGGCGGCAUGUGUGCUUGUACGGCGGGGAGGACAUAGCGUGGAUCCGGCAGUUCACGACGGCGAUGAGGAAGGUGUCUCAGGAGGCGCGGGUGCCGCUGGAGAUGGUGUACGUGGGGAAGAGCGGCUCCAAGGACCGGGUGAAGAGGGCGAUCGCGGCGAUCGAGAAGGAGAAGCUGAGCGGGUACUGGCAGGAUCCGGUGAUGGUGUGGUUCUUCUGGGUGCGACUGGAGAGCAUGUGGCACUCCAAGAUGCAGCAGGGGCAGACGGUGGAGCAGGACGAGAUCAUGCGAGAGGUGGUGACCAUGCUGAUGUUCGACGGCGGGGACGAAGGGUGGGCGGUGCUCAGCCGGGGGUCGCUGGAGAUGGUGAAGGCGCAGGGGAGGAAGAUGAUGGACUGCCUGGCUCAGUUCGACAGUUGGAAGGGCAACGUGGAGACGGAGGGGUUGGUGCCGGCGAUUAAAAACGCAUUGAUCCCGUUCAAGACUGCGGAGCACUGCAACCGGCUCAUCCUGCCGGGGGACAUCGGCCAGAUCAAGGAGCAAGUGGUGUGCGCCGAAUGCGGCCGCCCCAUGGAUAAGUUCGUCCUCUAUCGCUGCUGCAACGACUGAGAACUGAACCAGCCAUGCAGGGACAGGGCGGGCAGGCGUUAGCUCAAUUUGAUGCCGUUGGAAUAAUAACGAAUAUGCGUGUUCAUUUUGGGGUGCAACAUUAAUUUCAUGUUGUUCUGUUGUUGAAGUGUGCUUGAUUGUUCUUUUAAUUGCUUCUUCUUUUAAUGAAUGAUGGAGUGAGGUUUAAGAAAUUCCUGCUUUGUCUUUAAUUUGCGACUAUACCUUGGGUCCAUUUUUUUAAUAGAUAUUUUAACAAUAAUUCUCUUCUCGUA